UCAUCUGCACUCAUUGACUGCUCCGCCAAAAAGGCCAGGAUCCAGCCAUACAUCAAUGGACCCCAGGGGCAUCUUGAAGGCAUUUCCCAAGCGGAAGAAAAUUCACACCAAUCCAUCAUCAAAAGCACUUGCAAAGAUUCCCAAGAGGGAAGAUGGAAAAAGAGCGAGAGAGUGGCUGAGCUCCCUGCGGGCCCAUGUUGUGCCCACUGGCAUUGGGCGAGCCCGAGCAGAACUCUUUGAGAAGCAGAUUGUCCAACAUGGCGGCCAGAUAUACCCUGCCCAAGCCCCAGGGGUCACCCACAUUGUGGUGGAUGAUGGCAUGGACUGUGAGCGAGCCCUCCACCUCCUUAGACUGCCCCAGCUGCCCCCAGGUGCUCAGCUGGUAAAGUCAUCUUGGCUGAGUUUGUGCCUGCAGGAAAGAAGGCUGGUGGACACGGCAGGAUUCAAGAUCUUCAUCCCCAACAGGUACCUGGACCAACAACAGCUCAGUAAAGCAGACCAAGACUCUUCUACUCCUGGAUCCUGUGAGGCUCAGCUCAGGACAGCUCUCUCUCCUCUUCCUACUCCCAUUAGACCUGUGUCUCCUCCUCACAGGACAGAAGAAGCUCCAAGCACCCAAGCCCAGUCCAGCUCCGAUGAUGAAACCAGUGAUGGGGAAGAGACCCAGAUCAGCGCAGCUGAUUUGGAAGCCCUGAUCAGUGGCCGCUACCCCAUCACCCCUGAGGGAGAUGGUGAACCUAGCCCAGCCCCUGAGGGUCUGGAUAAGUGGGUCUGUGCACAGCCUUCGAGUCAGAAGGUGACCAACCACAAUGUCCACAUCACAGAAAAGCUGGAAGUGCUGGCCAAAGCCUACAGUGUUCAGGGAGACAAGUGGAGGGCCCUGGGCUAUGCCAAGGCCAUCAAUGCCCUCAAGAGCUUUCACAAGCCUGUCACUUCCUACCAGGAGGCCUGCAAUAUCCCUGGGAUUGGGAAACGGAUGGCUGAGAAGAUUGUAGAGAUCCUAGAGAGUGGACAUCUGCGCAAGCUGGACCACAUCAGCGAUAGUGUGCCUGUCUUGGAACUCUUCUCUAAUAUUUGGGGAGCUGGAACCAAGACUGCCCAGAUGUGGUACCAUCAGGGUUUCCGGAGCCUAGAAGAUAUCCGCAACCAGGCCUCCCUGACUACCCAGCAGGCCAUCGGCCUAAAGCACUAUGAUGACUUUCUGGAACGCAUGCCCAGGGAGGAAGCUACAAAGAUCGAGCAGACAGUCCGGGAAUCAGCUCAGGCCAUCAACCCUGGGCUGCUGUGUGUGGCAUGUGGCUCCUACCGACGGGGGAAGGCAACCUGUGGUGAUGUGGAUGUGCUGCUCACUCACCCGGAUGGCCGAUCGCACCAGGGCAUCUUCAGUCGCCUCCUUGACAGCCUUCGGCAGAGAGGGUUCCUGACUGAUGACCUGGUGAGCCAGGAGGAGAAUGGUCAGCAGCAGAAGUACCUGGGUGUAUGCCAGCUCCCAGGACCAGGGCAGCGGCACCGACGACUGGACAUCAUCAUUGUGCCCUACAGCGAGUUUGCAUGCGCCCUGCUCUACUUCACCGGCUCUGCCCACUUCAACCGCUCCAUGCGGGCCCUGGCCAAGACCAAGGGCAUGAGCUUGUCGGAGCAUGCCCUCAGCACAGCUGUGGUUCGGGACACCCGAGGUCUCAAGGUGGGGCCUGGCCGAGUGCUUCCCACUCCCACUGAGAAAGAUGUCUUCAGGCUCCUGGGCCUCCCCUACCGAGAACCAGCUGAGCGGGACUGGUGACCCAUGGUUGGGUUGGAGGGGGUACCCAGCUGGACCCGCUGCCCCACCUGGCCGCCCCUCUAGCCUCAGCUGACUAAACCUCACCACUUCAACCAGCAGCUCCCUGAGCCUGAGGAAAAGGGCCAGCCUGGCUCCUGGGUCUGCCUGGCCAGCCUCUGACACGAGCAGGCUGCUUUUCCUUCUACAUAACUGCUCCCGGUAGAGUUCGGCACACGGCCCCUUGCCUCACUUGAAGCAGGGACAGGUGGCUGGUUUGAAACCGGCUUCCUGUACUGAAGGCCCAGGCAUCCCCCUUCUCUACCCUGAGGAGGGUCUAGCUGCGGGGGGUGGAGUGGGGGCUGCAGGGGCAGAGGCCCGCAGCUAUGGCCUAGCAUUACCCAAGAUCCUGUGGAGCAGGAGAAGGAGCCACUCCAUGUACGCCCUCCACCCACCCGCUUCCUGUGCAGCUGGAGGUGUUGGGAGAGGGUGCCCCAGGCUCCACGAGGACAGCAUUGGAAGGCCCAGGGGCCCAGUAAAGUGCAUUUGACAUUCAA